AUGAAAAGUAGCAUGGAAUCUACUUCUUCAAAUCUUUCGGAGUCAUCGGUGUCGAUAGGAAAUGGGGAUUACGAUCAUCGAGAUACCUUUCAGAGAGAGGCGUUGUUAUUAUCCCCACCACUCCGCCUGCAUUCCAGACAACUUCUAGGCAACCUCCUUGGUACAUCAAAUGAUGCAAAGGACGCUACUACAUCAGAGCCUUCAUCCUCUAAGGACAGCAGCGGCGUCUCUGGCAUCUUGAACGCUGCUGCUGCUACUGUAUCUGACACCACCAACGCGGUAACAAAACCUGUGUCUGAUGGUUCAGACCCAGCAAAGGCCGUGGUUUCUGAUGCUUCAACAGCCGCAAACGGCAUCACUUCAGGUUCCCAAGGUCCAGCUAAGGGAAAUGUGGAUAACAACUCCAAUGAAGGCUCUUCCAAGGUUUCCGCACCGACCAACAACAAUGAUAAAGAUGCCACUAAGGAUUCUACAACUGGCAAUACUACCAAAGGUGCUUCAGCGGACAAUAACGCCGUGUCAGGUCUGUUAGGAUCGGCAACGGGUGCUGUAUCCAACGGCGUAGCCGCAGUAAAGGGCAUUGCAUCAGACACCACAGGAACGACGGAAGGAAAGGACGCCAGUGCACCAUCUCCUGGUAUUGCCUCUGGCGUUUUGGACACAGCAAACAAUGCUGCUUCUGACGGCUUAAGUACUGCAAAGGCGACCGCGAACGAUCCAAGUGCCGCAAAAGGGGCAUCCCAACCCCAUAACGUCGUUGAUGGUCUUUUGGGUGCAGCAGCAGGCGUUGCAUCUGGAACCGUAGGGGCAGUACAGAAUGUCGUCUCAGACACUACAGGCACCGCAAAAGGUGCAAUUUCUAGCAUAUCGAAGGCAGCGGCUCCGGCCUCUGAUAACAGCAUUGUAUCCGGCGUGCUAGACACAGGUACGAAGGCCGUCUCUGGUACCCUGAAUGCGGCCAGCGGCGUCAUAGAAGAUGGUUUAGGUGCCGCGAAAGAGGUCGUUACGGAUGGCGUAAGCGCAGUUGGGAACGUUGUCCAUGCCGCCGGUUCAGCUGUUGGAAAUAUCCUCGCAGACGGGUCAAAGCUUGUCCCAGAUGCAACAGGACUCGUAGGAACGGUCUUAUCCCAAGCCACUAGUGUGCUUGGGGACGCCACAAGUAUCGUCGGUACCCUUCUCACUCAGGCAACCAGUGUAGUUGGGGAUGCUACGAGCAUCGUUGGUAGUGUGGCUGGCGAUGCUACAAGCAUUGUUGGCAGUGUGGCCGGCGAUGCUACUGGCGUUGUGGGCACUGUGGUAUCUGAUGCCACCAGCAUCGCUGGGGAAGCUACUGGCGUUGUGGCCACCGUGGUGUCCCAAGCCACCAGUAAAGUGUCUAGCGUUAUCGUGGGGGCGACAAGUAAAGUAGGCAGCUUGACAUCUAUUCUAGCGCCGCCCCCUAUCCUGACUCCUCCCGUUAUCACUUCUACUCCGACGGUUUCUCAUUCUCAUGUCUCUGUAGAAAGCACAAAGAUUGUGCCCCCUGGCGAUUCUCCAGAGACCACACAAGCACAGACUUCCCAACCUCAGCAAUCUCCCGGUGUUCCCGAGCCAAGUUCUUCAAAUGCACCUCCACCUAUUGUUACUACCACUCCCCUUCCUCCCUCGGCGUCGACCGAACCGACAUUUGUGUCCAUAUUCAUUGCUUCCUCUUCCGAGUCUUCCACUCCAGAAUCGCACAUUUCACUAAGCUCGGGACGUUUACUAGCCGCAACAAUGUCCAAGUCAAACGAUCAAACAAAUGGCUAUACAUUGACGAUCAAUGGGACCCCCUAUACAGUGGCACCAACUUCACCUACUGGAUCAACUCACCCUGAACCAUCUGCCCCAGGCGGUGGAGGUCCAAAUUCUGCGCAAGAAGCCACAAGGAACAGAGUCUUGCUUGGUGUUCUUAUUGGAUUAGGGAUGCUCCUUCUGGCUCUCGUUUGUACAGGGAUACUAUACUAUCGCCGUCGCGCCAAGAGGCUGAGGACUCCAGUAUACGAUUUGGAAAACGAGAAGCAUGUUUUCGGAAGACGCGCCAAAUUUCUCUCGGAGCUAUCGGGACGCACGUCGAACGUUUAUUUUAACUCGACCAGGGGGUCAUCAAGGGUUUCAACCGUGCUAUCUCAGUCGGACUCUUCUUCCAUCAGAGAAGAGGACUCAAAUGAAGAUUGGACGAAACCUGUACUGCAGCAUUCGGCGCCUCAGGUCAAUUUCGGUAUGAUAUUUUACAAUGCUGCUGGACUUUCUGAUGAUGGAACGGGUUCGGGUCAUACCCACAAGCGAUAUUCUGAUACUCCGUCUGAAUCUUCAACUGGGAGCAAUGGCGGUGAAAGGCACUACUUCACUGCUAUUUAA